AAGUGGUUGGGGAACCAAGCUGCUGAAGGUUGGGGACAGAAGCGGCUCAUCGUCGGAGGCCACAGAUAGACACACCUAACCUCAGACAGUGCAGCUUCCGAGGGGAGCCUGGCCAUAGAUGGCUGGGCCUAAGGGAAAGGUCACCAUCUUUCCAUACCAUCCCCUUUUCAACUCCCCGUUCCACUGAUAGCCAUAUCCAUCACCCAAUAAAAUCCUCCACAUACACUACCUUUUAAUCUGCCCAUGUUACCAGGUUUUUCCUGGAUGCUGAACAAGAACUCAGGUGUCAAGAAAGGCAGGUACAGGAGGCUGUCACCCUGGCCCUUCACUGGGCUGUUAACAUUUAGCCGUCCGGGACCAGCGGGCUGAGUGAAACGAGCCACUCCAGUUCCUGCCUAUGAAGGAAGUCAAGAGAACAAUCCCAUCUCUUUCAGGGGCUCAUCCAGGAUACAAAAAGGGAAGUAGAGACAGAGACAACAUGUCACAUCUGCAGCGUUCUUGCUUGUGCUUCAGGGGCUGGCUAGCCGGGAUGCUCGGCGUGCUGCUAAGUUUGGCGCCUUCAGCUUCCAGCGACGUUUCCGCCUCCCGGCCGAACAUUCUUCUUCUGAUGGCCGACGACCUUGGCAUCGGGGACAUCGGCUGCUAUGGCAACAACACCAUGAGGACUCCAAAUAUUGACCACCUUGCAGAGUUCGGCGUGAAGCUGACCCAGCACGUGUCUGCCGCGUCUUUGUGUACCCCAAGCAGAGCAGCCUUCCUCACGGGCAGGUACCCUAUUCGAUCAGGGAUGGUUUCCAGCACUGGCCACCGUGUUCUUCAGUGGACCGGAGUACCUGGAGGUCUUCCAACAAAUGAGACGACUUUUGCAAAAAUAUUGAAAGAGAAAGGCUAUGCUACUGGACUCAUAGGAAAGUGGCAUCUGGGUCUCAACUGUGAGUCGGCCAGCGAUCAUUGCCACCACCCCCUCCACCACGGCUUUGACUCUUUCUACGGAAUGCCUUUCUCCAUGAUGGGUGACUGUGCCCGCUGGGAACUCUCGGAGAAGCGUGUCAACCUGGAACAAAAACUCCACUUCCUCUUCCAAGUCCUGGCCUUGGCCACCCUCACGCUGGCAGCGGGGAAGCUCACGCGCCUGGUAUCCGUCUCGUGGAUGCCAGUCAUCGGCUCAGCCCUCUUGGCUGUGUUCCUCCUCACAGCCUCCUAUUUUGUGGGUGCCCUGAUCGUGCAUGCCGAUUGCUUUCUGAUGAGAAACCACACCAUCACGGAGCAGCCCAUGCGUUUCCAAAGAGUCACGCCCCUUAUUCUGCGGGAGGUCGAGUCCUUUCUCAAAAGGAAUAAGCGCGGGCCCUUCCUCCUCCUCGUUUCGUUUUUGCACGUGCACAUUCCUCUGAUCACUACGAAGAACUUCCUCGGGAAGAGCGCCCACGGGCUGUAUGGGGAUAACGUCGAGGAGAUGGACUGGAUGGUAGGACAGAUCCUUAACGCUUUGGACGUAGAAGGUUUGACCAACAGCACCCUGGUUUAUUUUACAUCAGAUCAUGGGGGGUCCCUAGAGAAUCAGCUUGGAAACACCCAGUAUGGUGGCUGGAAUGGACUUUAUAAAGGCGGGAAGGGCAUGGGAGGAUGGGAAGGUGGGAUCCGCGUGCCUGGGAUCUUCCGCUGGCCCGGGGUGCUCCCGGCUGGCCGAGUGAUUGGCGAGCCCACGAGCCUGAUGGACGUGUUCCCCACCGUGGUGCAGCUGGCGGGCGGUGAGGUGCCCCAGGACAGAGUGAUUGACGGCCGGGACCUUCUGCCCUUGCUCCUGGGAACAGCCCAGCACUCAGACCACGAGUUCCUGAUGCAUUACUGUGAGAGGUUUCUGCACGCAGCCAGGUGGCAUCAACGGGACAGAGGAACACUAUGGAAAGUUCACUUUGUGACCCCAGUGUUCCAGCCGGAGGGAGCUGGUGCCUGCUACGGAAGAAAGGUCUGCCCGUGCUCUGGGGAAAAAGUAGUCCACCAUGAUCCGCCUUUGCUCUUUGACCUCUCAAGAGACCCUUCCGAGACCCACGUCCUCACGCCAGCCUCAGAGCCCUUGUUCUAUCAGGUGCUGGAACGCGUCCGGCAGGCUGUGCGGGAGCACCAGCAGACACUCAGCCCAGUUCCUCUGCAGCUGGACAGGCUGGGCAACCUCUGGAGACCAUGGCUGCAGCCCUGCUGUGGUCCGUUCCCCCUCUGCUGGUGCCUUAGGGAGGAUGACCCACAAUAAAUGUGUGCAAUGAAAAGCUGGA